AACAAAUCCGACCAAAACUAAACUCUCUCUCCGACUCUGUUCUGUCUAUAGCGAUCACCUAAAAAAAAAAAAAAAACUCCGAUCCACCACCACCAUCUCCAUCCAAAAAUGGGAGGAAUGUUAUACAAACUCUUCGCAUCGGCUUCUCUACUAACCCUAGGAUUAUACCAUCUCAUCUGCACAUUCUUCCACGUCAUCAAGUCUCCACAAUCCUACGCCGCCAAGCCUUUCUACCCCUUACCACGCUUCUCCGGUCACAACGACAACCGUCUCCAGAAACUCCCCUUGAUCAUCCUCAUCAUCUCCCUCUUCGUCGCUUUCCUCCACCAAACCCUAAUCUCAUUCUACUCCGACCCUCUCGUCAAAGGAAGCACCCCCGUCCACCGUUUCUCCUCCCUCAACUCCGCCGCCGUCUUCUUCCUCUUCCUCCUCAUCGCCGUCUACCUCCUCCUCUCCGAAUCCGCCUCCCUCAUCCCUCUCCCCUCCGAUCUCCUCUUCGCUCUCGCCUCCGGUGGCUUCUUCCUUCACUACUCCGCCGCGUCGGCUUCCGCCUCGAUACAGACCUCUGAUCUCCAAGCUCAUUGUGAUUCUCUUUCAGCUCGUAUCUCCGCCUUGUGCUCUCUCCUCUGCUUGCUUCUUGCGUGUAGGCCUAGGCUCUUUAUAGCUGACGCUGCGUUAGCUGCUUCUAUCUGUCUUCAGGGUUUGUGGCAGCUUCAGACGGGGUUGUCUUUGUAUGUGGAUGGGUUUAUACCUGAAGGGUGUCAUCGUCUUCUUGAUGUUUCGGGUGGUGUGGAAGGUUCGACGCAGUGUGAUAUUCAGGAGUCGAAGUUGAGAGCUGUCUCGGUUUUGGAUCUUAUGUUUACUGUUCAUGUUGUGAUUGUUGUUGUUUUGCUUUUUGUGGUUUAUACGAUGGUGGUGAUGGCGGCUGGAGUGAGGAGGAGUGGCUCUUAUGAGGCGUUACCGAAUAAUUCUUCUAGUGAUUCUAAUAAUCAUAUUCAGAUGAAGUCUUUGAGUGGAACUCAGGCUUGAAUGUGUUUCUCUUUUGCUUAUUGGAUCUCUUGUUUUCACUUUUUUGGAAGGAACUUGUUGCUACUUUUUUUUGUUUAGUAUGAUGUUUAAUCAUGUUAUGACUUGGAUAUGAUAGACAUGCUCAACAAAGUUAUGGUAUAUUCUUUGUUUGAGUACAGAUAGUAUUGCAAGUGACCUCCUUUGUUUUAAGACAUUGAUGAUCUUGUCUGUGGCUGAUGUUCCAUCUGGUUUUUGAAAUGCUGUUUCC